AUGAUUCGCCCCUCGGCCCUCGCCCGGCCGGCCCGCGCCUCAGCCCGGAUCCUGUCUGGCCGCACCGCCGCCGCUUCCGCCGCACGCCGCACGCUCUUUACGCAGCGCCAGUCCACCCGCGCGACCCAAGACUUUGACCUCAACAAGCUGAAUGCGAAGCGCCGCGACUACGAGCAGAACCGCACGGCGUUCCUCGCGGCGGGCGCCAUCGCCGGCAUCGUCUCCUUCAUCUACACCGCGUGGAAGCUCAAGAAGGCCCUUGAGGCUGAGCGGGAAAAGGAAAGCAGCUUGUCCGUCAAGUGCGACGCUCCGCCGUCGGUGCCGACCGAGACGUUCAAGACCGAGGCCGGCGAGCGGCGCAAGGUCGUGGUGCACGAUGAAGAAGGCCGCGAAAUCGUUCCCACCGGCAACUCGACCGUCCCGGUCUUCCCGCGCCUCAUCGACGUUGACGUUCCGGCGUCACAGCACGACGGUCCCGUCGCCGCCUCCCUCACCGACAAAAAUGGCGUCGAGUUCACCCUCGUGGGGCUCGGCAUGCGGACGGUGACCUUCCUCGGCCUGCAGGUCUACCUCGUGGGCUUCUACGUGGCGACGCAGGACGUGGCCCGGCUGCAGCACUACCUGGUCAAGAAGAUCAACCCCGUCGCCACGACGCUGAUCCCCUCGGAGAAGCAAGACCUGCGCAAGGCGCUGCUCGAUGCCACUGAGGGCGAGGAGACGUGGGACGCGAUCCUGCGCGAGGCCGGGUGCCGCAGCGUGUUCCGCAUCACCCCGGUCCGCGACACCGACUUCCACCACCUACGCGACGGCUUCGUGCGGGCCAUCCAGGCGCGGUCGCUGCGCAGCACGGCAUACAACGACGAGGCCUUUGGCGCCGCCAUGAAGGAGUUCAAGGGCAUGUUCAACCGCGGGUCGGUGCCCAAGAAGAAGGAGCUGCUUCUGUACCGCGGCGCCGACGGCGCCCUGUCCAUCCUGUACGGCGACGGCACGACCAAGAACAAGGACGGCAAGAGGGACCGCAUGGGCAGCGUGGCCGACGAGCGUCUCUCGCGGUUGCUGUGGCUCAAUUACCUGGCAGGGAACAAGGUCGCGUCCGAGGGGGCACGGCAAAACAUUAUCGACGGGGUCAUGGAGUUUGUCGAGCGACCGGUGGGCACUGUCGCGACGCAAGUCGUGUAG